AUGGCGCACCUAUGCCGAACAUUCAACAUGUAUCUACGAACAACUCUGACCGUUCCUUGCCUCGCUCUGUUAUCGAGCUCUGUCCUAGGCAUAGGGUUGCAGCAGUCGGCACUUAUGCGAGAGUUUCAACUUGCCGCGGAAUUGGGCCUGGACCCUAGCCGGUACCUGAAUGAUCGCUCUGCCUUUCACAACUUGAUCUCUCAUGGCCCGAAGAAGGAGCCCACUUUCCCAGCAGAAUAUGUCGAGAUCCCAAUUGACCAUUACAAUUUGUCGGUUGGCACAUACCCAAACCGAUUUUGGGUAAACGAACAGUAUUUCGUGCCGGGAGGCCCAAUUAUAUUGUAUGAUGUCGGGGAAGCAAAUGCUCAAUCGAUAGCUCAAACCCAUUUGUCCUCCAAUUUAUCCUUUUUCGGGGAGCUGCUGCAAGACUUCAAAGCCAUGGGAAUUGUCUGGGAGCACCGAUAUUACGGGGAAUCUUGUCCAUUCCCUGUUCACAAUGAUACGCCCGCGGAGCAUUUGAAGUAUCUAAAUACUGAUCAGGCUCUGCAAGACAUCCCUCAUUUUGCGAAAACCUUUAGCCGCCUGAGCCAUUCUGAGAUAGAUCUAACGCCCCGGUCCACGCCAUGGGUUAUGGUCGGUUGUUCGUACGCAGGGAACAGGGCGGCACUUACUCGCAACGAGUAUCCGGACACCAUCUUCGCCGCCUUUGCCUCGUCUGCUCCGGUACAGGCUCGUGUCGAUAUGAGCAUGUACUGGGAUCAGGUUUACCGUGGUAUGGUAUAUAACGGCCUCGGAAACUGCACCAAGGACCUGAAUGCGGCCCUCAAAUUCAUAGACCAUCAAUUGGCAGAUCCACAAACGUCUGCAUGGGUCAAAAGGCUCUUCCUCGGUCCCGGAGCCGAUCAGAAUAGCAAUGAAGACUUUACUUCUGCCCUGACGAGCCUGUUCGGUUUUUUCCAGAGUUCCGGGACUGCGGGCACGUCUACAGGAAGCCUAGAGGAAUUCUGUAAUUACUUGGAAGUUGACCCGAAAACAAAACAGACGGCAGGCCCUCAGGGCCUUGCUCCGACCCAUGGGAGUAGAUAUAUAGCUGAACGCUGGGCAUCAUGGCCUAUGUUCAUCCCCUUGGUCAACCUCAAUUCUGGAACCAACUGCAACAAAACGGACCAUUCCCUCCCCUUGUCUUGCGCCCUGGACCAGCCUAUAACCAAGCCCGACAGCAUCAGUUGGAGCUGGCAAUACUGCACGGAGUGGGGAUUUUUCCAGAGCAACAAUUUCGGCCCUCACUCGCUACUCUCUCGAUAUCAAACUCUAGAGUACCAACAGGAGGUAUGCAAUCGACAGUUCCCGGGUAUGCUGCCGCUACAUCCACAGGCAGAGGCGCUCAACGAGCAAUUCGGAGGUUGGGACAUCCGCCCCCCAAACGUGUACUUUAGUGGUGGUGAGUUCGACCCCUGGCGCACACUGUCUACAUUAUCCUCCGAGCACAUCGCACCGCAGGAUAUGACCUGGUCGUCCGAGAUUCCCAAGUGCGGGGUGACUCAGGACGAGACAAUCUUCGGGCACGUUCUUCCCAAUUCGAUGCACUGCUUUGAUUUCCAAAUCCUCUCCACACCGGGAAAGACUUCGCGUGCCUUAUUUACCACGGCAUUGCGGGAGUGGCUCCAAUGCUUUCAACAACGAGGGCUAGGUGGAGAAAGCGAUGAGAAUGAUGAGAAAUGA